AUGGCUCCUCUUGAUGCCCGUGGCCGGUGCGGGUGCGUGCAGCAAGCGGAGCCCAACAAGUUCCACGACGACAAGUCGCUGUACACGGGCACGCACGUGCAGGGCGGCCCCACCAACGUGGACAACGUCAUCACGCUGUCCAACCUCGCCGACCGCUCCUCGGCUGACGUCAGGGGCCUGCCCAAGCGGCUCAGCGACGAGGGCAAGCCCAAGUUCGACCGCGCGGAGAAGGGCGGGUACGCGGCGGUGGAGCCUGCGGGCGGCAGCCCCAAGAAGGCGGCGCUGUCGUCGCAGUCGUCGUUCAAGGCGGAGAAGCGCAUCUCGGGGUCCUACACCGGGGGCUCCCUGCAGGACGUCUUCGACGACUUCUGCUCCUUCGGCGCAGGCUCCUCCGGCAAGCCGGUGAACCAGAUGGACGGCGCCAAGUUCGUGAAGCUGUGCAAGGACUGCGGCCUCGUCGACAAAAAGUUCACCACCACGGCACGGCCCCUUGCUGGCGGCGGCCCCGCUGACGCCGUGCGCGGUGUGCAGAGCGUGGACCUGGUGUUCUCCAAGGUCAAGCCCAAGGGCGAGCGCAAAAUCACCUUCAGCCAGUUCCAGGCAGCGCUGGCGGCCAUCGCGGAGAGCAAGGGGUGCAGCGCGGCGGACGUGGAGGCCAAGGUGGUCGCCGCCAAGGGGCCCUCCAGCAGCGGCACCGUCGCGGAGGCCGUCAAGUUCCACGACGACAAGGCGCUCUACACCGGCGUGCACGCCAAGGGCGGCCCGACGACGGUGGACAACAAGAUCACGCUGUCCAGCCUGGCGGACCGCACCGCGUCCGACAUCCGCGGGAUCAAGAUCAACGACAAGUACUAG